CUUUCUCUUCUCACUUCUCGGCGCGAACCCGGCGAACAUAAAUUGAUAAAGAAACUAUCAACUUCGUCAAUUCAUGCAACAGUUUGUUACUUUUUUAAACGAAGAGAUCGUGUAUUGCAAUUUGAAUAAUAAUGUCGCGAAAAAGAAAAGACAGUUGUGAUGAAACCCCCUUAAAUAGCUAUAUCGACACGUGCGUUAACAAUAUGCAUUUAUUUGAUAGUUUUUCUAAAAAGAAAUCCGGACAAGGCAUUCUUGGAACUUCCAGUGAUCAUGUUACCUCGAACCAAUUUCAAAAUAAUAUAUCCUGUAAGAUCGAAAGUGAUGUUUAUCCGUCUGAUCAAGAAAACAACGAGCCUUACGAAAUUCAAAGCGAUACCGAAGACGAAGAGCAAUGUACGAAAAAUGAAGACCUAUGCUUUGCUUGUGGCUUCAUCUCAGCCUAUGAAUUUUUCAGUUUCCCGAUUAAUGUUGAUAUUCGACAGCAGUGGGCGAAGUUUUGUGAUAUAAAUUUAAAUCAAAUAAAACCACAUUUUCGCCUUUGUGAUAGACACUUCAAAUCCGAAGACUACCAAAUCUCUACGAAACGUAAAGUAUUGAACCCGACAAGUGUCCCAACGUUACGACCAAAGCCAACAUUGAAUAAAAAUGCAUCGCAAAAUACCACGUGCAGCUCGAACUUUCGAAGAAACACUACCACCGCCGAUGCUCGUAAUAAACGAUCGUGCAGGAAUUUUAAAGAUAUUACGAAUAAUCAGAACACCAUUCCUCCUAAGGCAGCGAAAUCGACAUCGAAGAAAAACGUGAUACUUGGAAAGUUUCAACUGAUAGAGAAAAAUUUACGAACCGAUAUCUUCAGAUUAAAAAUACGAUGUUCUAGUCUCGAAGAUACUGUUGCUAACAUUAAAAAUGAAAUCAAGCAACAGGUUGAAGAGUGCUUCGUUACACGAGCAAAUACUGCCGGAAAUGUUGCGAGAGAUAGUCAAAACUCGACUUCAUCGAUGAACGCUUCUUCAGAAAAUUCAAGACACAAUCUUCGUAUUACGGAGCCACGAACUGAUCAACGUUCUGUAAAAGAUACGCUUGUAGGAUCUGCCGAACAGAUUACCGAAGAUGGUUAUCUUUCGGAUUCAAGUAUGCCUUCCCUAGAAAUAUCGAUCGACGAUCCUCAGAAAGUAGAAGUAAAACCUGAACUAUUUACCGAAGAAGUUAUGCUCGAUGAACCUACCGAAAAGACUGCCGAAGAUAAUCACUCUGUAAAUUCGACCAUUUCUCCCGGAGAAAUAUCUACCGACCGUCUUCAAAAUGCGAAGGCAAUCCUUAAACCAUUUUCCAUAAGAGUAACGAACGCAGAAACUUCCAGAAAUGUAACUGAAAAUAAUCGCCACCCUUUGACUACGUCUUCUUCAGAAAAUACGAAUGGUAGUCCUGGCAGUACAGAGGAUCCACCUGUGCAACAUUUCGAAAAAGUAACGCCUUCGGAACCGGAAAAUUCUGACGAAGAUAGUCAAUCUCCAAAUUCUACCAUUCCUUCUUCAGAAAAGUCGUUUGAGAGUCGUUAUAACGCAGAGGCGCGAGCAGGAUGCUCAAAAAAUCAAGAAAACUCCGGUCAAGGUCGUAUUACUCGAUCUGCAAAACAGAAAAAACAUCUCCCAAGCGUAAAAAAGCCAACGCGAAACUCCAGCAGUGUUUCAAACAAGGCAGAGGUACGGAUGCAGGAGUCAGAUUGCACAAGACAUAAACGAGAACAUUCGAAGCCGUUUCAUUGUCAAGUCUGUGACAAACAAUUUGCUGAUAAAGACCGUUGUAUUGCGCAUAGAUUGACACAUCGUCAAAAGAAACGCUACAAAAGCCGCAUUUGUGACACAAGAUUCGAGUACAAUCACACUAAAUUGGAGCACGAACGGGUACAUAGGGAAGGAGCUCGUUUUGAAUGCGCUGAUUGCGGAAAAAAGUUUCCCUAUAAAUAUAAUCUCAUUAGACACCUGAAUGUACAUUCCGGUGCGAGUCAGUUUACAUGCCAAACGUGUAGCAAACGUUUCACUCGGAAAGACCAUCUUACUAGGCACCAACGGACGCAUAGUGAAGAGAAAUCCUUCAAAUGCAGCAUUUGUGACGCACGAUUCAACCACAGUGAUAGUAAAUUGAAGCACGAACGCAGGCAUGUGGAAGGAGCAGAUUUUGAGUGCGACGAUUGCAGAAAAAUAUUUUUCGAUAAAUAUCAUCUCAUUAGGCACCUGAAAGUACAUUCCGGUGUGAAACCGUUUUCUUGCCAAACGUGUAGCAGAAGUUUUGCUCAAAAAGGCAAUCUUACUCGGCACCAAAGGACGCAUACUGGAGAGAAACCUUUCAAAUGCCGCAUAUGCAACCAACAAUUCAGAUGCCAAGGGGAUAAAGCAAAACACGAACGUUCCCAUCACCCAUGUGGAGGGCCCUCGUUUUGAGUGUGCUCAUUGCGGCAGAAAAUUCCGCCAUAAGUACACCCUAACCAAUCACAUACAUAUCGUUUAAAUGUACUUACUUGAAUAUCAAUAAUUCAGUUCCUACCUACCUCUGUAAAUUUGUAAAGAUUAAAGUUUGUUUUUAUU